AUGCGUCGCAAAGUACAAAGAUCAUUCACCCAGUUCAUCCUUUUCAUCUGCAUUCUCUUUUUCAUUCUAUAUCUAAACCGCCCUCAACCAACGAAAGACAAAGUUUUCGCCUGGACCAGGAUCCGCUAUAAAACAACCUCUUCAAUCAUCCCCGAAGCCCGCGGCAUCUGCCCAGGUCUCGAGAAAUCGAGAAAACCAGCCCUGGUAGUUUCCCAUGUCGCCAGCGACGGUGACCCAUCUUGGCUAGAUCCCCUCUCCACCCACUUCCAUGUAUGCAUCUACCAUGUGGAUGCGCCGGCCGACAAAACCUCAAAAUUCCUCCAAGUCCCCGCCAACCGCGGCCACGAGGCCAUGGCCUACCUGACCUUCCUAAUCGACAACUACGCGGAGAUCCCCUCCGCCGGCGCCGUAUUCGUCCACGGCAACCGCUGGGCCUGGCACAACGAUAUCCCGGACUACGAUAACGCCGCACUCCUGCGCAGCCUGGACGUCGAGAGCGCCCUACAGCCAACGGGGUAUCACAAUCUUCGCUGUGACUGGAGCGCGGGGACGUGUCCGUCGGCUGUGCCGGCGCAGGGAAGUCUCGAGAUGAGGCUGUCGAGCGCUGUGUCGCCGUGGAAUCCGCGGGCGGCGUCGGAUUUGGCGCUGCCGCGUGCGCUGGGCCAUAUCUUUGGUGGGGAGGUGGAUGCCGAUGUUGAGAAGGUUCGGAAUGAUUUUCAUGUUCAUCUUGGGAGGAAUGAUGCUGUGCGUGCGCAGUGUUGCGCGCAGUUUGCUGUUGCGCGGGAGCGGGUUUGGCAGCAUGGGAGGGAGGAAUAUAUUGCUUUGCGGCAGUGGUUGCUUGAUGGGAGUGAUGAUGGGGUUGCGAGGGAUAUGCGGCGGCCGAGGGAUUCGAAGGCUGCGCCUGGGGAUGACCUUGUUGCUGGGAGGGUGGUCUCGUACUUGUGGCAUAUUCUUUUUGCGAAGUAUGGAGAGAACGGGGGAAUUGAUCUUGAUCAGCUGAAUCAGGAUUCUUGUCCCAGUGCGGCUGAGUGCUAUUGUCGGUUGUAUGGGAAGUGUGAUUUGAAGUGUCGCGGUCCUGGGAGCUGUCAGGGACAGUAUUCCAUUCCGAAGGAUUACAAACUCCCUGAUGAUUGGGAGGCGACACAUGAAUGA